GAAACAAGGGGGAGAGAAGGAAAAGUGAACAUUUUUGAAAGAUCAGUCAGCUUUAACACACCUUGGCUGGGUCUGGAUAAAAAAAGUGGGAACUGCAAACGUCUAGAAGAAAACGUCAGGGGAAGAGACAGGGGGGAUUAAGUCAAAGUUGUUUCCCAUCCCUUCAAAAUCUCAGACUAGGUGGCUAUGGUAUGGAUGUAACCAAGAAAAACAAAAGAGAUGGCACCGAAGUCACUGAAAGAAUUAUCUCCGAAACAGUAACUACAAGACUUACAUCCUUACCGCCAAAAGGGGGGACCAGCAACGGCUAUGCUAAAACAGGCUCUCUUGGUGGAGGGAGCCGGCUGGAGAAACAGAGCCUGACACAUGGUAGCAGCGGCUACAUAAACUCAAGUGGAAGCACACGAGGCAACGCCUCCACCUCUAGCUAUAGGAGGGCUCAUUCACCUGCCUCCACUUUGCCCAACUCACCGGGUUCAACCUUUGAAAGGAAAACUCACAUCAGCCGCCAUGGAACAUACGAAGGGAGUUCCAGUGGCAACUCUUCUCCAGAGUACCCUCGAAAGGAAUUUGCAUCUUCUUCAACCAGAGGACGGAGCCAAACACGAGAGAGUGAAAUCCGAGUUCGACUGCAGAGUGCGUCCCCAUCGACCCGAUGGACGGAAUUGGAUGACGUUAAACGUUUGCUCAAGGGGAGCCGAUCAGCAAGUGUGAGUCCCACCCGGAAUUCCUCCAACACGCUCCCCAUCCCCAAGAAAGGCACCAUGGAGACCAAAACGGUGACGGCGAGCUCCCAGUCAGUUAAAGGAAUCUAUGACACAACUAUCCUGGAUGCCAACCUUCCCUCCCACAUGUGGUCUUCCACCUUGCCAGUGGGGUCCUCCAUGGGAACUUAUCGCAACAAUGUGACAACCCAAAGCUCGUCCCUCCUCAACACCAAUGCCUAUUCUGCAGGCUCAGUCUUUGGGGUUCCAAACAACAUGGCAUCCUGCUCCCCAACUCUGCACCCUGGAAUCAGCACCUCCUCCUCAGUGUUUGGCAUGCAGAACAAUCUGGGCCCCAGCUCCUCUGCCCUGUCCCAUGGCGCGGCCACCACCUCCACAGCAUAUGGUGUGAAGAAAAACGCACCCCACAACCCUGCUGUUGUGAGUACUGGCGUGUCCACCUCUUCUGCCUGUACCACGAGUGUCCAGAAUGAUGAAACAGUCUUGCACAAAGACUGUAAAUUCCUGAUCCUGGAGAAAGAUAAUGUGCCUGCCAAGAAGGAGAUGGAGCUGCUGAUCAUGACCAAGGACAGCGGGAAGGUCUUUACUGCCUCCCCCGCCAGCAUUGCUGCAACUUCUUUUUCAGAGGACACCCUGAAAAAGGAAAAGCAAGCUGCCUACACCUCCGAAACCAGCCUACUACUGGAAGCUAAUGGAGAUGUGAAGACUGUGUCCACGAAAGGCAAGGCCACCUCAGCAGACAUCCACGGCUAUGACCGACAUAAUGGUGGCAGUGGCAUUAAAGGCGGCGGUGUUGGCGGCGGUGUUGGCAGCGGUGUUGGCAGCGGUGUUGGCAGCGGUGUUGGCGGGGGCCCGUGGGGGGCAGCCCCAUCCUGGUGCCCCUGCGGCUCCUGCUGCAGCUGGUGGAAAUGGUUGCUGGGCCUGCUGCUCACCUGGCUGCUACUCCUGGGGCUGCUCUUCGGCCUCAUUGCCCUGGCGGACCAGGUGAGGAAGCUGAAAGCUCGCGUGGAUGAGCUGGAACGAACCAGGAGUUCGGUGGAGCUGUACAAUGAGAAGAUGGCGGAGAGGGUCAGCAAGGACUGGCUGCAGGGCGCAGCGCCCGGGGCGGGCGAGGGCCUGGGGAAGUCUGAUCUGGAUGGCCACGGUCAGGAGGUCCUCUGGCUGUUCGUGAGGGACAAGCUGAUGAGAGAGCAAGAAAACGGCAAUCUCCUAGGAAGCCCAGGCCCUAAAGGUGACAUGGGAAGUCAAGGACCUAAAGGAGACCGAGGGCUCCCUGGGACUCCAGGUAUCCCUGGGCUCUUGGGCCACCCAGGUCCAGAAGGACCAAAGGGACAAAAAGGCAACGUGGGAGAGCCCGGCAUGGAGGGGCCUAUGGGCCAGAGAGGGCGUGAAGGCCCCAUGGGACUUCGCGGUGAACCAGGGCCACCUGGGUUUGGAGAGAAAGGGGACAGAGGGCCUGCUGGUGAACCCGGUAUUCAGGGCCUACCUGGUGUCCCAGGUUCUGUGGGUCCCAAAGGUGCCAGCGGUUCUCCUGGCCCACAGGGUCCCCCAGGCCCUGUAGGUCUCCAAGGGCUCCGAGGCGAAGUAGGACUCCCUGGUGUCAAAGGUGACAAAGGACCUAUGGGACCACCAGGACCCAAAGGUGACCAGGGCGAGAAAGGACCACGAGGCCUCACAGGUGAGCCAGGCUUGAGAGGUCUGCCUGGUGCUGUGGGUGAGCCUGGAGCUAAAGGAGCAAUGGGCCCUGCUGGCCCUGACGGACACCAAGGCCCAAGAGGCGAACAAGGUCUCACAGGGAUGCCUGGGACCCGAGGCCUACCAGGACCUUCUGGAGACCCAGGAAAGCCAGGUCUCACGGGACCCCAAGGACCUCAGGGACUUCCUGGGACCCCCGGCCGACCAGGGGCUAAAGGUGAACCAGGCGCUUCAGGCAGGAUCAUGACUGCAGAGGGGUCAUCGACUCUCACCGUCCCAGGCCCUCCGGGACCUCCUGGAGCUAUGGGACCCCCAGGACCUCCAGGUGCCCCAGGCCCUGUCGGUCCAGCUGGUCUCCCAGGACAGCAAGAGGGUCUUGAUUUACGAGGUCCCCCAGGCCCACCUGGACCUCCUGGGCCGCCAGGACGUGCCAUUCCAGGCCCCCCAGGCCCUCGAGGCCCAGCAGGGGAAGGUGUGCCAGGUCCGCCGGGCCCACCAGGAUCUUUCCUGAGCAACUCAGAGACCUUCCUCUCUGGCCCUCCAGGCCCACCUGGCCCCCCAGGUCCCAAAGGAGAUCAAGGUCCCCCAGGCCCCCGAGGACACCAAGGCGAGCAAGGCCUCCCAGGGUUCUCCUCAGGUUCCAGUUCCCUCGGACUCAAUCCACAGGGACCACCCGGCCCUCGCGGACCCAAGGGUGACAAAGGUGAUCCCGGCGUUCCAGGGUCUCCUGGCAUUCCCGGUGGUCUCCUUCAAGGGGGAUCGUCAUCCAGCACCAUGUUCAUGCCAGGCCCACCAGGCCCCCCUGGACCCCCUGGGCCUCCAGGUUCCAUCAGCAGCUCUGGCCUGGAGAUUCAGCAGUACAUCUCUGAGUACAUGCAGAGUGACAGUGUUAGGUCCUAUCUGUCUGGAGUUCAGGGUCCCCCAGGCCCACCUGGUCCCCCCGGGCCUGUCACCACCAUCGCGGGUGAGACCUUCGACUACUCAGAGCUGGCAAGCCUCGUCGUGAGCUACUUACGGACUUCGGGGUACAGCAUCAGCUCGUCUUCUGCCACCAUCUCUUCUGAAGACAUCCUAGCUGCACUACAGCGGGACGAUGUGCGUCAAUAUCUGCGUCAGUACCUGAUGGGCCCUCGGGGUCCCCCAGGGCCACCAGGAACCGGCGGAGAAUGGUCCCUGCAAUCCUUGGACUAUGCAGAGCUGAGCACUCGCAUUCUCAGCUACAUGUCAAGUUCUGGAAUCAGCAUUGGGCUUCCCGGGCCCCCUGGACCCCCUGGCUUGCCGGGGACAUCCUAUGAAGAGCUCCUCUCCUUGCUCCAAGGGUCUGAAUUCAGAGGCAUCGUCGGGCCCCCAGGUCCCCCUGGGCCACCGGGGAUCCCAGGCAACGCGUGGUCCAGCAUCAGCGCGGAGGACCUCUCAUCUUACUUGCGUACUGCUGGCUUGUCAUCCAUCCCAGGCCCUCCGGGCCCUCCUGGACCCCCAGGCCCUCGAGGGCCUCCAGGUGUCUCAGGAGCUCUGGCAACCUAUGCAGCUGAGAACAGCGACAGCUUCCGGAGUGAACUGAUUAGCUACCUGACAAGUCCUGAUGUGCGCAGCUUCAUUGUUGGACCCCCAGGCCCUCCGGGGCCUCAGGGACCACCUGGAGACAGCCGCCUGAGGUCCAUGGAUGGCUCCUUCAGUCAGGGUAGCAGCUCCUCACACAGCAUCAGCCGGGGCACCUCCUACAGCUCUUCCAUGGGCAUAGGAGGUGCCAGUGGAGGCUCCCUGGGUGAAGGGGGUGCCUUCGGCCCAGACCUUGGCUUGGGCCAAGGAUAUGGGGCAGCAGCAGGUGGCAUGUACGGUGGUGAUGGUGGAUCAUUUGGAGCCGGCUUUGCUGGCGGUCUGGAUUACAACGAGCUGGCUGUCCGGGUGUCCGAGAGCUUGCAGCGUCAGGGCCUACUGCAAGGGAUGGCCUACACUGUCCAGGGCCCGCCAGGCCGGCCUGGGCCCCAGGGGCCUCCCGGCAUCAGCAAGGUCUUCUCUGCCUACAGCAAUGUGACUGAGGACCUCAUGGACUUUUUCCGAACUUAUGGAACCAUUCCAGGACCCCCUGGGCAGAAGGGAGAGAUGGGCAUCCCAGGACCGAAAGGUGAGCGGGGCCCUGCUGGGCUACCUGGCCAGCCUGGGCCACCUGGCCCUCGAGGGCACAAGGGAGAAAAAGGAGACAAAGGUGACCAAGUCUAUGUUGGACGGAGAAAGAGAAGUAUUGCUGUCAAGCCAUGAGCUACCCGUGGCAGAGAACAUCCACCAGACCAGUUCUUGCAAUGGCUUACGGUGCUUUGGUCAAAAUGUCUCCAAAGAGUGAAAGCUGGAAUCUCAACAUCCUACUGACACAGCAUAGCCAAACAGUCAGCUAGAACACUUAUUUUAGUCUGGAACUUUAUAUAUAAAUAAUUCAGUCAGAGACAUACAAUCUGAAACAGCUUCGCUGGGUAGACCUGCAUGGCUGCAGUGUUGUAGGAGGGGACUGACUUCUCUGCUAUCUAGACCUGAGUUCCUUGGCUUUGUUAACAUUUUGUUCAAGCCCCAGCCUAGGAAAGCCAGUUACAUUAAAAAAAAAAAAAAAAAAAAGCCAAGAGUCCUUGAGCUUUCUCUAAAAAUGAGCCAGAAAAAUGGCAGAUGGGAAGGGAAUGUCUUCCUGGGGGCGACACUUGGCAGGGGAUAUGUCCUGGUUAAUGCCUUAAAGCUGUGGUAUCAGCUCCCUCCUCCCCUGUUCACUCUACAUUCUCUAGUCCUGGAAAAGAACUGGCUAAGAAGCAACUCUUACAACUGAAAAAAUUAAGAAAUUCACCUCCCCUGAAGGUGGUGACAGGGUUUCUAUUAGUUAUUCUAACUACGUAUCAUAUCCCCACCUGCUUACAAAGUUUCAUUGCAGCUGUGAUCUGUAUCUGUAGGUCCACGCUAGAGUUUAUAGGUAUCUCAUACUGAACUAGACUGCAGCAAAGAGGAAAGGAAGGGCAAGGAAGAAGAGGGAAAAUAGACUAUACCUACUGCUGGAGACAUCACUUCUGUUCUGCACUUAGGAAAUGGCACUGGGGACUAGGCGCAGUUGGUUUUUAAGCACUUUUCAAUGUCUAAAAUCAAUGUGGUCUAUUAGAUGAAAAGUUAUUUCAAUUGUAAAAUUUCCAAUUAAAGGAUUUUUCCCCUUUUUUAAUAUGUGUACUGUGAUCCAUCUAACCAAAAUAAAAAAGAAAGAAAAUAUUUUGAGUUAAUUGGGUUUGACCCUAACACUAUUACAAACACAUGAAAGCAGAACUGGUUGUAUUUUGGGACACAGUUUCUUGCAUUUUAG